GUCAAUAAGAGAGACCCUCCAGAGAUGCACGGGGCACUAUCACAAGACCUGCUCACCUGAUGCCAAACAGCACGGUUAGAAGUAAAGGAAUCAUGCCUGUGCCCAAGAAAGCAGGAAGGAAAAACAGCAGCGCUGCAGAAGAAAAGCUGCCGCCAUAUGAGCCCAAUGUCCCUGAACCAACCACCAGGGCUGACUUCAUGAAAUACUGGGUCCCCCUCUCUCUGGAUGAUAAAACUGCACAGAAACUGUUGUGGAUUUCAGAGGGUGGGACCAAGGUGGCCCGUACAUCAGACGCAGUCUGCCCAUAUCCCAACAGACCUGAGAGAUAUGAACACUCUCCACAGGUGCUGUGUAAGGAGAGUAUGCUGGGCCGCCGAGGCUACUGGGAGGUGGACUACGAUGGCUGGGUGGUGAUCGGGUUGGUCUGCGAGACCGCACCCCGCAAGGUCCAGGACGGGGCUUGUGGCAUCGGUGAGAACAGCACCUCCUGGGGCGCCGGCUGGUCUGGUUCCUGCUACCAAGUCUGGAACAACGGCGAGAACGUGGACGUCCAGCUCCCCCUGGUGAGCACCAUAGGCAUCUACAUCGACCAGCCCGCCAACAUCAUCAAGUUCCUCUUGGUGGAGGGAGACGCCGAGAAGGAGGUGCGCCUGAUUCACAAGUUCAAUGCCAAAAUCCAGGAGAAGGUUUACCCCGCGUUCUGGGUUGGCACAAAUUCGUUCUGCCAUAUUCGGAAAGGGGAUCAGUGACACGUAGAGGGUCAAGUAGUGUAAAUUUAAGAAGGCAUCAGGAGGGAGAUGGAAAGGUAGUGAUGUUUGGGGAACAAGAGCAGGAGCUGUAAAGCAGAACUGAAGAGCAUUAUGACGUAUUUGUAGAUUGUGUUUGCAUGAAGAAAGCUUAUUCAUAUAUUAUAUCCAAAGAUGCCCAAUUAUUUUAUUUACUGUUGUGUAUCUAUUCAUAUAUUUUAUGUAACUUUUAGGCAAUGUCCUGUAUGUUCUACGUAACAUUGCAUGUACUAGAGUGCUUGCUUAACUUAAAGGUGUGUAUGUUUUUUAUGUGCUGAAUGUAGUCAAUAAAUUCAAUUAUUGUGUAUGAACACUGA